CUCUUUUGGGUUUCCAUCAAUAUUCGCUUCUCCCUUUUAUUCUUCCUCCUUCUCCACUUCCCCCCUCUCUGUUCUCCUUCUUCGAUCUCUUUCUACUUUCAAUCCAAAAUCACCUAAAAAAUUUACACACACACACACACUCUCACCAUCGCCUCUCUCUAUCUCCCUAUAAUACUCACACUUAUAUUAACGGGUUGCAGAUCGAAGUUUCUGGCAGAUCCGAUUCAAUUCUAUAUUCCUUCUUUCUUUGGUGCUCUCCCAAGUCUGUUCCAGAUUCUUGCUGAAUUAGGCUCUUUGUGAAGCUUUUUGGAUGACCGUGUAUCGAUAUUUGGAUAAUGACUUCAAGUAUGUUGGCAGGGGAGAAAAGGUGGGCUUCUACAAGAAGAGGUGGCAUGACUGUUCUUGGAAAAGUGGCUGUCCCAAAACCAUUGAACUUGCCCAGUCAGCGGUUAGAGAAUCACGGUUUGGACCCAAAUGUUGAAAUUGUUCCCAAGGGUACAUUGAGCUGGGGUAGCCGUACGUCUUCCUCUACGUCAAACCCGUGGGGUUGCUCAACGCUCUCUCCAAAUGCUGAUGGUGGAACGAGCUCACCAAGUCAUCUUAGAUCCCGCCCUUCAUCUGGUGGGAGUGGCACUCGACCUUCAACUGCUGGUAGUGAUAGAACACAAGAACCUAUUACCAGUGCAUGGGGUACCAAUUCUAGGCCUUCAUCAGCUUCUGGGCCAUUAUCAUCAAACAAAGCACCAUCAACGUUGGCGCGUCCACACAGUGCAGAGACAAGGCCUGGCAACUCGCAACUUUCACGUUUUGCUGAGCCUGUUUCUGAACAUCCAGUAGCAUGGGGAGCAACAGCUACCGCAGAGCGUUUGGGAGUGCUGUCUUCUAAGAAUGGAGGAUUUUCUCUGAGUUCUGGGGAUUUUCCUACUCUUGGAUCGGAUAAAGAUGUAUCUGGGAAGACUACUGAGUCACAAGAUCGUGAUUCUUGUAGCCGUCCUAACUCUGCUUCUGGCAAAGUAGCACAGCCCCUAGAGAAGACAACUGCAUCUCAUUCAGAUGUGAGGGGUGAGACAUUUGACGCUUGGAAAAGAGAUGGUCAAAGUGCUGAGGAUGGUCCUCAACAUGGCAUGGAGAAAUGGCAAGGGGAUCCCCAUCACUAUCUUGGUCCUAAUGUUCCACCCCAUCAUUUUGAUGCAUGGCAUGGGCCUCCUAUGAAUGCCCCUGCUGGAUUCUGGUAUAGAGGACCACCUGGGGGGCCACCUUAUGGAGCUCCAGUUCCUCCCGGUGGUUUUCCAAUUGAACCAUUCCCCUACUUUCGACCCCCGAUUCCACCUCCUGCUAUUGCAAAUACACAGCCAGUUCCUCCUCCGGGGCCUGGAUCCAGAGGGCACCAUCCCAGAGGUGGAGAUAUGUAUAGACCCCAGAUUACCGAUGCUUAUAUUCGUCCAAAUAUGCCAUUUAGACCUGGUUUUUACUCUGGUCCAGUGGCCUUUGAGGGCUAUUAUGGACCGCCAAUGGGUUAUAGCAAUUCCAAUGAGCGGGAAAUUCCUCUCAUGGGCAUGCCUCCUGGUCCCCCAGUUUAUAAUAGAUAUUCAGGCCCAAACACUCCUGAUCCAACUAAUACUCAUGCCAGAAUUGGCAGCCAUGGUGCUAAUGCCAAAGCAUUGCCAGAGGGAGUAGAGUCUGCUCAUCCUGAUGAUGCUAAAGGACCAUAUAAAGUUCUUUUAAAGCAUGAUGCAAGAGAGGAAGGAGAGACAUGGGAACAUUCUGUGCCCACUAAUGGCCCAUAUCCUGAUAGAAGCUUUCAGAGAUCAUUGCAGAAGCAUGAGCGAGGAGGUGAACAUGACAGGGAGAAGGAAUUGUAUUCAAGGAGAACUACAGGGAGUGGGAACUGUUAUCCGCGUAGUUAUGAUGAUCGAGGAUGUGAUUCUUCAGAUAACACCAAAGCGAACUCAUUUGAAGGUAUAAAUACUAUGAAGGUUGCUGAUGGCAGUUGGACAAAGAAACCAGGUUAUGUGGAAUCCUCUGGUGGAGUGCCUCCGUCUUCCUCAGCUCCUGAAAGGGGUUCAACUCCUGCAGUGACUGCCAGAGACUCAUCCUUGAUGCAGAAGAUUGAAGGUUUAAAUGCAAAAGUCCGAGCAUCUGAUGGACGUUAUGAAGGGCCUUAUGUUUCUUCUGAAGAGGAUAUCAAUAAGUCAGAACUAAAUCCUAAGGUUACCAAUUCAAUAAAUGAAGUUAAAGGUGCUCUUGUGUCAUUCGAAAGAACUCAUACUGGAACCACUGGGAACAAGGGAGGCCAGUUAACAGCUACCAUGUCAAGGCGGCCAAAUCGCGUUGUGCAAACCAAAAAUGAUAAUCUUGGUAAAGCCCGAUCUGAUAGCCAUGAUGAUGGUUGGAGAAAAAGGCCCAUUGCUGCUGAAUCAUCUGUUGUGGCUUCUGCAACAUGCUUAGAACCUGCUUCUAAUGUUCAUGCAUGUGAGCCAGGUCCUCAAGUUGAGGCUACUGAGCAAGCUUUAACUGAUAUAAUUGUGAGUGGUGAAAAAGAAUCCUUGUCAGAAUUGCAUGAUUCAGCAGAUAACCAAGCGCAGCGUGCAAAGAUGAAAGAGUUAGCCAGGCAGCGUGCCUUACAGCUACAGAAAGAAGAGGAAGAACGAAGUAAACAACAGAAAGCCAAAGCUCUUGCUAAAUUGGAGGAAUUGAAUCGCCGUAUGCAGGCAGGUGAUGCUUUGUCUCAGAAGGCUAUAAAGGAUUCGUCCCCUGAUGUUAUGAAGCAAGAUCUGGAAGGCUCCUCACCCCCUGAACCAGUGGUGCCUAGUGUCAGACCUCAAGCCCGCAAUGCAGCUUUAGCAGCACAGUGUGAUGUAAUUGAUACUAGCAACCGCAUUCUAGACAAAGGCAGUGAGCAUACUAAUCCACCUAUUAUGCUAGAAUUCGGCACUUCUAUUAUGGUCCAGUCAGAAAUAGCCAUCCCACAACCCCAAGCUUUGUUAUCUAAGCAGGAUGCCAAUAGGGUUGCUACCACUCAUGGAAAAGUUGCUUGGCAGUCAAGUGAUGGGGGUGUUGUCAAGCAUAAGCGUACUAGCCACAAGCAAAGGCCAAAUAUGACACCGAAGAAUAUGAAUGAAAAAUCAGUUCUGGUUAGCGUUGCUGAGGUAUCCAAGGGUCAUAAUGAUGUAAAUAUUAAUGAUGUUCCAUCAACUGAGGCUCAUGAAGUUGGCUUAAGUGCUGAAUCAAACAUGGUUAAUAAUGCCAAGGUUGCCGUCGAGUCUUCUGCGCAGCAGAGAAGGAAAGGUAAUAGGACCAACAAGAACAAGCAGAAGCUUGAUACUGUGCUGCCUAGCCCAGCUACUCCAUUACCAGUGCAAAAUGAUAGUAAUCCUGCUAAAGUCCGUAUGCAACAGGAGAAGUUGAAUUCAUCUCAGCUGGUUCUAGAUGUGAGCACAGUUCAGGCAGCAAGUGGUGAUAGUGUUGUGCAGCCUUCUGAUCAGAGUUCUCCUUUGCCUAUGGAAGAAGGUCAUAGUCGAGUAAUUAACCAAUGGAAACCUCAGCACCCUCGCAGGCCGCAGAGAAAUCAGCACCCUAAUGUGCAUACUGAUAAGUUUCAUGGAGGUGAUACGGUUGUGUGGGCACCUGUGCGGUCUCAGAGCAAAACUGAAGAUGCUGCUGAAGCAAGUCUGAAAACUGCAUCAGAUUCCGUUGGUCCUCUGAAGAGUGAUAAUGUGGUGCAGAGUAAUUCAAAAAGCAAGAGGGCUGAAAUGGAGAGAUAUGUUCCAAAACCUGUCGCCAAAGAGCUUGCACAGCAUGCUAGUAGUCAACCGCCACUGUUGUCGUCAGGCAGUUCUCCUGGUCCAGAUGAGACAACUGGAAGGGCAGACUCUACGCCUGAAAACCUACCUACUAGCUCUGUAAUUGAGAGCUUUUCCAUAGAGUCCAGGAUUGGUGACAGCAAGCACAAUAAUAAUAGGCAAGGGAAAGCACAUGGAGUGUGGAGGCAAAGGGGUUCAGCAGACUUGGCAUUGGACACCAGCAAGAACACUUAUUCUCUGGAUCACACCAGCAAGAACACUUAUAAGACUCUGGAUCACACUCCAUCUAUGAAGCCUGAUGGAGAUUCUGCGAAAUCUGAUUCGAAGUGUUCGAGUAAGUUCGAUGUAUCAGAUGGUUGGAACAUGCCAGGUGAUUUUGAAGGUCCACGUACCACCAUUCCUGUUGUAAAAGAUGAGGGAACGACAGGUAAAGGAAAACGCUAUCCUUCUAAGGGCCAUAGAAGCACAGGAAAUUCUGGACAUCAAUACAAAAACAGCAGUGGGGAAACUCAGCAAAAUCACACUCUGUCAGGAGCUUCUGACAUAAACCAGAUGGACAGAAGCGCUGCAGCAAAGGAAAAUCUUGGCAUGGCUAAUCGUGCUCCACCACAUUGGCAACCAAAGUCCCACAUGGUUGCAGUUAAUAAUCAACAGGUAGGUGUGUCUACCAGAGCCCAAAAUGUUACUAUGGAAGGCGGUCGAGCUGAUAAGAGGGAUUAUCAUCAGGAUAAAGUUAAUGUUCCCCUACGCAGUGUGAAGGGGAGCAGUGAUAAAGGUGUGGGUCAAUCAGAUCAAUUAGCAUCUGAAGAUAAAAUUGUUUCAGAGGUACCUAACGUUGGAAAUCUCGAUCCAAGAAGAGAGAGAAAGCCAUCUUCAUUUAGGGGACGCCCCUACUCCCCAAACCAAGGUCCGGUUGUCAAAGCUGAAUUACCUCCUGCUGAAAGUGCUGAAGCUAUGCAAGAGCGGAGCAACUCAGGUUUAAGAAGGAAUGUAAACCAAAACAAUCGUCCUGCCAGAAUGCAGGAAUCUUGUGGAGAUAUGUUCUCGGGGAGAGAUAAUCGGCAGCGCAGCACCUCCAGUGGUCGAGAAAGGCGGAGGAACAACAUGCAUUAUGAGUACCAGCCAGUUGGGCAAUACAGUGAUAGCAAAUCAAGUAAUUUUGAAGGGCCAGCUGAUGGUUCUUACAAUGUUGGUCAGAGAUACAGAGAGAGGGGUCAGGGUCAGUCAAAGCGUGGAGGUGGGAAUUUCCAUGGUAGGCAAGGUGGCUCUGGCCGAAUAAAUGCCAAUUAUGAUUGAUUGACGGGGAGGCUAAAAUGUGGAUUUAGGUCUUUUUAGUUUGUGAUGGAUAGCAACUUGCCGGAUAAUCUUUGCUUAGUUUGCAAGAUGUCUGGUGGUGCAGUCUUAGGUGGUAGCUUUUUGACGUGGUAAAAGAGAAUUUGUUGGCCAAUGUCACACGGGUGAGCUGGACUACAGCCUGGUUUUUGCCACAUGGUUUUGGGAAAAAUAGUGUUUGGUGCAACAGUAAGUGCGGCAUUAUGAGAACUGUAAUUAAUUUGAAGAACAUUAAAAUAGUUUCCCAUUUUCUCCCCAGAAGAAUGUCAAUUCGUAUGAAGCAUUUGUAUGUUGCUAUUACGUUUGUAGUUUUGUACCAUCACAAUUUAGAUGUGUAGCUUUUUCUCUUGGUCGAGAAGCAAGAAUGAUGGGCAAAGUGAAGCUAGUUUUGCCUGCUCCGCUAUGUUAUUUUGUUGAGAAAAGUCCCAAAUUUUUCCCCUAUCUUUGAGCUUUGUCUCAAAAUCAUCCUAUUUGACAUGA